AUGCAGCCCAUCGACUGGAUAGAGCAGCAAAAAGGAAAGAGCAUCCGGAUAGUCCUUCGAACAGGCCGGGUUUACACGGGGGUAUUUGUAAACUACGACAGCAACGUCAACAUCCUGGUUGACGAGAUGGUGUGCUCCAACACAAAGGAAAAAUUGGGAAGGUCUUUAUUAAACGGCUCGACUGUUGCGUACAUAGAAAGCAUGCACGUGUAG